AAGGACGAACGCAAUUGGUGGAGGGAAGAGACGCGGAACAGAGCGGACAGAGGCGUGGAGUUGAGGAUGCGGAAUUAACCCAUCCGCUGCGCCCGAGUCGGACUGAAUAUGGCGAGUACCGAGAGCAAAAGCGGGUCUUCAGAAAACUUCCACACACCCGAGCCAAGCGGAUCGGACCAGCCGGGCGCGAGAUGGGGUCCACAGCAUGCAGGUGCUAGAGAGCUCGCGGAGUUAUACUCGCCAGGAAAAAGAUGUCAGGAAUGGAUCAGUGUGCUUCUUUGCUUUACCCUCAUGGCCUUCAACUUCUGUUACCUGGUAACAUACUUCCACCUAGGACACACCUGGUACAUCCUCCUGGCCAUAGUGGCAGGGAUCCUGACAGCAGACUUUGCCUCUGGUUUGGUCCACUGGGGUGCUGACACAUGGGGUUCAGUGGAUCUGCCCAUCGUUGGGAAGGCCUUCAUUCGUCCGUUUCGAGAGCACCACAUCGAUCCAACAGCUAUAACACGCCAUGAUUUCAUUGAGACGAAUGGCGAUAACUGUAUGUUGACUAUCAUCCCUCUGGCUAACAUGGCUGCAAACUUUUUGAUGCUCUCACCGGCGGAGAUCUAUCGGGACUACCCCUGGUACUGUUACGUCUUUGCUUUAGCCAUUUUUGUUACAUUGACCAAUCAGAUUCACAAGUGGUCGCACACAUAUUUUGGGCUUCCACGCUGGGUGACGUUUCUUCAGGACUGUCAUAUCAUUUUACCACGGAAACACCACAGAGUUCACCAUGUUUCACCUCAUGAAACCUACUUCUGCAUUACCACAGGCUGGCUGAACUAUCCUCUAGAAAAACUGGGAUUCUGGAGAAACCUGGAAGAUCUGAUCCAGAGCCUGACAGGAGAGAAACCCAGAUCAGAUGACCUCAGAUGGGCCCAGAAAACCAAGUAAUCUUCCUCUGCCACCAACCCACCUCCCCUACCUCAGACCUGCUUAUAGGAGAACCAUUUUUUUCCCCGUCUAUUUGUCCUUCCUCAGACAGAACAAGAGGAACGGCAAGAUAUCAAAGCCCAAAUUAGAAAUCCAUCAAUUUUUAGCAAAAGUUAAGUGAAAAGGGGGUUGACAGAGCGAUUGAAAGCAAUAUCCCACCCCGCUCACUCUAAAGAUCCAAACAUCUAAAUCCUUGUUGAAAACUUGAGACUUCUGUGAAAUGUUUAAAACUCUUCAAAGUGCAAAAAACAAGCAAAUUUAAAAUGCCAAUACUUGAACAAUGUGGCCUCUUUUCUGGACACCUUCUCAUCCUUCAACUGCUCAAAGCUUAUCUGACUAGCUUGUUUCUGAGGGUCUGGCCUCUUGGGUUUGGCCUUUGGGACUGAUAUCUCUUGCUCACACCCUUCUCUUGUUUGGGGUUAAAGUGCAGUAAAGUCAAGGCAUUUUGGCUCUUUGACCACAGAGGGCUGAAAACACGUGUCUUCAUCUGCUGCUUGUGUCUGAACGGACAGAGCAGCAUCAUAUGCAGUCUUACUUCAGUACGCCUUAAAAGACGAAUCACAAGAAACUUGCUUUGCUUGGCCUCAUCCUUACACUUCAUUCAUCUUUUCAUUAUUAAUACUUUCAUUUGAAGCACAUUUGCAAAUUCAGAGGUGCUGGAAGCAGUCAGCUGUUGACCAAGUAUAUAUGAAGUAUUUCCACAUAGGUCAAUAUUUAGUGUUUCAGUGCGAUUAAGCCAUGAGAUCUACAACUGCUUGACACUGAGAUAACCCAACAGAACCUCAGAAAAGGCCUCAUCCAUUUUUAUAAACAUUUGUAUUAACUUCAUCGUAGGGUAGGUUGAGUGACACACUAACACUUUUACUCCAUUGCUUGAGUUUUGGAUUUGCAUACAUUGUUACUUAAGAGUUUAAUGUUCAAUUUAACACUAGCAUGUUAAAUCACACAGCUCGUAGUUCUUAUUUAAUAAUAAUAUGAGAUAUUAAAGGCAGUUACAGCAUGAUGAAAAUGACAGAAUCAUCAGAACAUCUAGCUGUCUAGUUACUUACAGCUACUACUAACUGCUUAUUUAAUGAGCGUUACACACAUUUUCUUUUAUAAAGCUGCAAUGACAAUGGAUUAGAAAAAAGAUUUAUUUACUUGACUUUAUAUUUAAACACAGCACUAGUCAUAUUUUUUCAUUAAUAGAAAUAUUAAGAAAUCUUUCAUUAAUAAAAAAAAAAGAUCUUUGCUUUAAGAAGUGUUGCCAUUUAAGCAAUGUAGUUUAGGCAGUGUUCAUCGUGUGUGGUUACCAUUGUAACAGUCGUCUUAUAAGAGUGAGGAAAUAGGAGAAGAAUUAAAUAAUUAAUAUUUUAUAUAAAAUGUGACAUAAUUGUGAUCAUUUUUGUUAUUUUUUCACUUUUAUUUUUCAGUUUAAUUAUUUUUCUAACAAUAACUGUUACACCAUAUUUGCAAAGAUGAUUAUUAGAGCUUCAAAAGUCAAAAACUGUAAAGGUCAACCUAAUCAAGUUACAGCUUUUAAGUUUUAUGCUUGUGUUGAUAUUCAUGCCAAAACCUUGUUACUGUCAGCAGCAAUGUGGCAGUUGUUGUGUUUCAGUAGGUCAGUAUGGUGGUAGUACAUGUUGUUUAGAUGGGUCAGCUCGACAGAAGCCCAGAGAAUGUGUUUUAGAGAGCGAAUUCAUUCGUCCCGAGUUGUAAAACUGUUACAAAGGAGUCAGCCAGAACUGUAAAAAUCAUAAUGUUAUGUGUUGUGUUACAUCUAAAUUUCCUCCUUUUCUGAAUUCAGAAAGAUUUGUUUAGUGGAAUAUUGUAGUAUUUUUGACAGUCGACUAAUAUAUUUCUAUGCUUAUACAAGAUGCCAAACUUAUUUUUGCUCAGCUAAUAGAUCUGUUGUGAUGUC